GCAGUUACUGAAUAUUUUCAUUUGCACAUUUAAAUAUACUAUUUAAUAUAUUAUUUAACAUUUCAAAUAUUUCAAAUAAUAUUUACGUCAGUUUUUUAGCAUUGCUUGUGUUUACAAAAUUGUAAAAAGUGUUAAUUGGAUCAAUAGAUCAGAUCUGAUAUUACGCAAAACAUUACUUAUGAGAAAAUGUGACCUAUUAUUGUUGCACUAAAAGAGAUAAUUCACCUUCAGUUGAAAAUUUUUUCAUCACCCGUGCAUUGUUCAUAAUAUUUAAGACUUUUUUACUUUCAUGGAACAUGAAGAUAUUUAGAAAAUGUAAUCAGUGUUUUGAAUUUUAGCAACUUCAUCACACCAACUUACACUUCUAAAUAAUUCAAGAUUCAAGAAGAUCAAAGUGAUUUUCUGUUCAUAUGGUAUAUAUUAAAUGUCCCAUUUUUGUUUCUUUUUUUCACAGAUUUGCAAAGGAAAAAAUAUGAUGCUUUCUUUUAAGCAUCACUAUUUAACUUGUGUUAUCUAGUGACACAAAAAGUCAUAAAGCAAUGUUAAACAGUGGACUGAUGAGCAGGCCAUCAAGAUGUUUUCUUCAUGACUUUACGGACUGAGGAGGUGACCCUGCCCAAAGUUUUGCAUGCUGAUUUCCAUGUGUUCCAUUCAAGCCAGUAAAUGUGUUUAGACCCACCAGAGCCACACAGAGUCAGAGAGCGAAGGAGACUCCAUGCAGAGGACAUCGCUGUCAGAGAUGGCCAUAAAAUUUUGUUGCUUUUCUCAGGAACCUGUUGAUGAUGUGGACUCUUGGGGCGAGUCCAUUGAGAAGCUUCUGUCCUGUAAAGCGGGACAGAUGGCUUUCCAGGACUUCCUAAAGUCGGAAUACAGUGAGGAAAAUAUUCUGUUCUGGCUGGCAUGUGAGGAAUACAAAAAGAUCAAGAGCGCACCUGAGAUGAUCAGCAUGGCAAACCAAAUCUACACUGAGUUUGUGCAAACGGAAGCACCCAGACAGGUCAAUAUUGAUUCUGGGACUCGCACAAAUAUUACAAACAACAUCUCGGAGCCAAACCUGAGCUCAUUUGAUACGGCACAGAAGAUGAUCUUCAGUCUAAUGGCGAGAGACUGCUAUCCCAGGUUUCUGAAGUCUGACAUCUACCAGUCCAUUCUGCAAAAGCAUGGAAAGAGUUGACUUCAUAAUGACUAAUGAUUAGUGUACAUCAAGUUUAACUAUUGCCAAAAAUUCGACCAAUUAACUACACCUCAUUUUAAAUUAUAACAGGGAAAAAAAAUCAUGCAUCAACAAAUCAUUCCAUGUGGGAUUAAAAGGAUCUUUAAUGGGCCUGAAGGAAUUCAACAUACUGUUGAGAAAUCGAGAAAAAUCUGAAAAUGAGAAUUUGAGUGCUGCUUUUUAACUUUAACUUGUACAGCCAAUUCAACUACAGUCCAUUUCUACAAUAGUGCAACCUAUCAGUCAGACAUUUUUUCAAACAACUUAUUAUAAUGAUUUUAAACAACUUAUUAUAAUGAUGAUCAUGAUGAUGAUGUAGGUGUGCUUAGGUUUUCUUAUGAUUGAUGUAAUGACCAUCAGGAGGAAAUUUGUAAAAUGAUUUUAAAAGACAAUUUAAAUAUGACCAUUUUUAUGUAGGAACAUCCUGGAUUGCUCAUAUAAAAAGAUAAACAUAUAUGUGUAUAUAUAUAUAUACAUUUAAAUAAAUUAACAUGAAACAUGAAA